UUCAGAUUGCUUCCUGGACAACGAAUUAAGGCGAAAUGAAUCGUUUACGGAAGCAGCAGGAGGAGACGGAUAAAAUGACGCGUAUUGCUAUCGUUGAAAAGGAUCGUUGUAAGCCAAAAAAUUGUGGUCUUGCAUGCAAGAAAUCAUGUCCUGUUGUGCGAAUGGGGAAGCAGUGCAUUGUCGUGGAAAGCAAUUCUAAAAUGGCGGAGAUAUCCGAAACUUUAUGCAUUGGCUGCGGUAUCUGUGUGAAGAAAUGUCCUUAUGAAGCAAUAAAAAUUAUAAAUUUGCCUAGCAAUUUGGCCAAAGAUACAACUCAUCGAUUUAGUAAAAAUUCCUUCAAAUUGCAUCGAUUGCCAACGCCGCGUACUGGAGAAGUGCUAGGUCUUGUUGGCACAAAUGGAAUUGGGAAGUCGACAGCACUUAAAAUUCUGGCUGGGAAGUUAAAACCCAAUCUUGGAAAAUUUGAAUCUCCUCCUGAUUGGCCAUCAAUCUUGACAUAUUUUCGUGGUUCAGAGUUGCAAAAUUACUUCACGAAAAUAUUAGAAGACAAUUUGAAAGCCGUUGCAAAACCACAAUAUGUUGAUCAAAUUCCGAAGGCAGCGAAAGGACAAGUGCAGGAAUUGUUGAAAAAAAAGUGCGACCGAGAAAACAUGUUGCAAAUUUGCGAAGAGUUAGAGCUCAGUGGUGUUAAGGACCGAAUGCUCGAUCAGUUAUCUGGCGGAGAACUUCAGCGUUUUGCAAUAGCGAUGUGUGUUGUACAGCAUGCUGAUGUUUACAUGUUCGAUGAACCAUCCAGCUAUUUGGAUGUAAAACAGCGCUUGAAAGCAGCUAAAAUUAUUCGAGAUUUAGUAACACCCCAUAAUUAUGUUAUUGUCGUAGAACAUGAUUUGGCUGUACUGGAUUAUCUCUCUGAUUAUGUAUGCUGUCUGUAUGGUAUGCCAGGAGUCUAUGGCGUUGUAACAUUGCCAUCUGGUGUUAGGGAAGGCAUUAAUAUAUUCUUGGAUGGUUUCAUUCCAACUGAAAAUAUGCGGUUCAGAGAUUCUGAAUUAUCCUUCAAAGUUACUGAUCAAGCGGAGAAAGAAGUGGUUAAACGGACAGCUCGUUAUACAUAUCCAUCGUUUACUAAACAUAUAGGGAACUUUGAAUUAAAAGUUGAAGGUGGCGAAUUUACCGAUUCUGAAAUCGUUGUCAUGCUUGGAGAAAAUGGUACUGGAAAAACAACAAUGAUUAGGAUUCUUGCUGGUAAUCUACAGGUUGAUGAUGAUUUAACGGAAAUUCCACGACUGAAUAUAUCUUACAAACCGCAAAAGAUUAGUCCAAAAUCACAAUGUUCUGUGCGGCAUCUUUUAUAUGAAAAAAUACCGGAUAUGGUUAACCAUGCACAAUUUAAGACGGAUGUCUUGUCACCGUUAAUGAUUGAUGAUUUGCUCAACCUUGAAGUACAACAUUUGUCCGGCGGUGAAUUGCAACGGGUCGCAUUAGCUUUAUGUCUUGGAAAAGUGGCUGAUGUUUAUCUGAUCGAUGAACCAAGUGCAUAUCUUGAUUCAGAACAGCGGUUACAUGCUGCCAAAGUUAUAAAAGUGCUUAUUCUAAUUUUGCUAAUCAACAGGUUCAUAUUACAUGCGAAGAAAACGGCAUUCGUUGUUGAACAUGAUUUCUUGAUGGGAACAUAUCUUGCUGAUCGUGUGAUAGUUUUUGAAGGGACACCGUCAAAAUCAGCUACUGCACAGUCACCGCAAUCGCUUUUGGAAGGUAUGAACCGAUUCUUGCGGCUUUUAGAUAUAACAUUUCGACGUGAUAAAGAUAAUUAUCGGCCACGUAUCAACAAGAAAGAUUCUGUGAAAGAUAUGGAGCAGAAAAAGAGUGGGAAUUACUUCUUCUUAGAUGUAGAUUAA